UGGCCACCGGGGCCUCUCUUCUUCCCCACCCUCAGCCUUCUUCCCACCAUGGCAGCGCGGGCGAUGGGUCGAACCCAAUCCGUGGACUGCGAACAAGACCCACGGGAAUCAUCCCUUCGGUGUUGAUCAUUUCGCCCCCCCUUCGCUCUCGAUCGCUCUCCUCUGCGCGCGCAUAAUCCCCUCCCGGCUGGCUCAUCCUCCUUUGCACUCGACGCACGUCGCUCGAGGCCCCCGGAAAGCUGCGCGCUUUACAGCUGCGGUAGGUGGAUCAGGCGAUGGCGGCCAACGGCGGGCUGCUGGAGCGGCGGAGCUCCGUGCGGCGGUCCGGGAGCACGGUGAAGGAGGAGCCGGCGGCCGACCAUGGCGCCGAGGAGCACGCCACGGGACCUUCCACGGGACCUUCCGACAUGGACGUGAUGAAGGAGAAGUUCGGCAAGCUGCUGCUCGGGGAGGACAUGUCCGGGUCCGGGAAAGGCGUGCCGUCCGCGCUGGCCCUGUCCAACGCCAUCACUAAUCUUGCAGCUGCUGUGUUCGGCGAGCAACGCAAGCUGGAGCCCAUGUCACCCGACAGAAAGGCGAGGUGGAAGAAAGAGGUGGGCUGGCUCCUCUCCGUGGCGGAUCAGAUCGUCGAGUUCGUCGCCAAGAAACAACUCUUGGACAACGGCGUCGAGAUGGAGGUGAUGUGCACGCAGCAGCGAAGGGACCUGCAGUCCAACGUACCGGCAUUGCGCAAGAUCGACGCCAUGCUUCUCGAUUACCUGGACGGCUUCAAGGACCGCAACGAGUUUUGGUACGUGAAGCGCGACUCGUGCUCCGAGACGGAGAAGGAGGAGUCCAACACGUCGGAAGAGAAAUGGUGGAUACCCAUCGUGAAGGUCCCUCCCAACGGCCUGCCUCCGGCGUCCAGAGGCUGGAUCCAGCACCAGAAGGAGCUGGUGAACCAGGUGCUCAAGGCGGCCAUGGCCAUCAACGCCAACUGCCUCAUGGAGAUGGCCAUCCCGGAGUCCUACCUAGAAUCGCUGCCCAAGAACGGGAGGGCGAGCCUCGGGGACGCGCUGUACCGGAUCAUCACGGACGUGGAGUUCGACCCGGACGACUUCCUGUCGACGGUGGACCUGACGUCGGAGCACAAGAUCCUGGACCUCAAGGACCGCAUCGAGGCGUCGGUCAUCAUCUGGAACAGGAAGGUGCACAACAAGGACGGGAAGUCCGCGUGGGGCUCCGCCGUCAGCCAGGAGAAGCGGGAGCAGUUCGAGGAGCGGGCGCAGACGCUGCUGCUCAUCAUCAAGCACAGGUACCCCGGCAUCCCCCAGUCCAGCCUUGACAUCGCAAAGAUACAAGAAAACAGGGACGUGGGAUUUGCUAUCCUGGAGAGCUACUCCAGGGUGCUGGAGAGCCUGGCCUUCAACGUCAUGUCCAGGAUAGAGGACGUGAUCGUCGCCGACAACGUUGCCAGGGAGAAGGCCAAGAAGGACGCGCCGGCCGGGCCGGAGCCGGCAUCGAUCCCCGACGGCAGCAUGGCGGACAGCAUGACGCUGCUCGACUUCAUGGGCUGGAACGGCGACGCGGAGGGGAAGCCCGACGACCAGUCCCCGUUGGCGGCGGAGCAGGCGCAGGACGACGGGAGGCUCAUGAAGCUGCCCAACAUCAUGACCAACCUCAAGCAGACCUACAUGGACGUCCUCGGAGGGCCUGCUCGCAAUUAGAUCCAUCCAGGCCACAAUUAACACAAGAAGAUUUUGGAUGUAUUUUUUUCUUUUACAUUACACAUAGUGUACAUACAUAUUUGAUUACUAUGUUCUGAUAAAACUGGGCGGCCGCUUGAGUAGCCCGCGGUUUUUCACUUGUGAUUUUGCACACUUGGAUCAACCCUUGUUGUAUCAUCAUUCUAAAGGAUUGACCAAUAUAUCUCAUCUAGACCCA